AUGCUGACCUCGAGAACUCCAGGUGUGGGCCGUCUGCGGCUUCCACUGGUGUUUUCCCGAGAUUACCACAAGAAGCGACGUCAGAUGAAGCAGAAAGAUCUCGAAAAAGAGUCGCGACAGGACGCCGUACAGCGCUUUUUUGACAAAGAUCAGAAACGGUUCGCCGUCAUGCCCUACAAGUCGCCCUACGACGCAGUCAAGUACCACGAGGCCCAGCAGGCGGUAAAGGAUGGAUCACACUUUCUGGAUGUGCGACUGGUAAAGUGCUCUGCUGGAAAGGGAGGUAAUGGACGAGUCUCGUUUGCCAGAGAAGCCAUGAUGCCCUAUGGACCUGCUGACGGAGGAGAUGGAGGAGAAGGAGGGUCAGUAUACAUCCAAGCGGUAGACUCCAUCCGAACGUUGAAGAACCUCAGUUUCAAGUAUAUGGCUGGAGCCGGAAAAGCUGGAGGAUCGUCCCAUAUGUACGGACAUCGAGGAACAGAUGUGCUUCUACAGGUGCCUGUUGGAACUGUUGUCAAGUGGUGUCCCGAUCCUAAGCGAGACGUUGAGCAGGAUCUCAUCAAGGUCGAUCCUGAGGAGGCUGCCCGAAAGUAUCCCCCACAGUUUCUUGAAAACGGAGAACCGGUACCUGAUCACAAGGAGGUUGUGGGUGUGGAAGUGGCUGAGGGAAUGUUCCACAUGAACAGAGGCUACCUGCGUCUCAACAGAGCCACUAUGGCCGAUGGAGAGGGAUGGACCUACGAGAACCCCCAGGUGGCCAACUGGUGCAAUGAUCCCAAGAAUCCUCCCGAGUUCUUCACUCGAACUAAGGAGGCCACCAAGUUCGAUGACGCUGUGCUCAGAUCCACUGAAGAGGCUACAGACGUGUUCCCCGUGGACGGUCUGGAUCUGUGUGAGCCAGGAAAGCCUCCGCAGCUGCUGCUCAAGGGAGGAGCGGGAGGAGCCGGUAACAUGAGAUACCAUCGAGACGAUAUUCGAAACCCCAAGUUUGCCAAGUUGGGCCGAUCCGGAAUUACCGCUACCUUCAUGCUGGAGCUCAAGCUUCUGGCUGAUCUGGGUCUGGUAGGACUGCCUAACGCAGGCAAGAGCACUCUUCUGGGCGCUAUUUCGCGUGCCUCGCCUCGAGUAGGCCACUGGGAGUUCACCACUCUGCAUCCCACCAUUGGUACCAUCUCUGUGGGCAUGGACAAGCCCUCAUUUACCGUGGCUGAUAUCCCUGGUAUCAUCAAGGGAGCUCGAAUCAACAAGGGUAUGGGUCUGGACUUUCUGCGGCACGUCGAGCGAUCCAAUGGUCUCGUCUUCGUCAUUGCUCUUGACAGACCGGACCCUGUUUCUGACCUCAGAGUGCUCAUUGGCGAGCUGGGCCCCGAGCGAAUGGCCGGCAAGAGUGUCUUGGUGGUGGCUACAAAGGCGGACGUGGAAGAGUCCGAACGACGAUUCAUCGAUCUUAACGCCUUUGUGUCUAACAAAAACUGGGCCAUUGUGCCUUGUUCGGCCAUGAACGCCGAAAAUGUGCAGCCCGUGAUCAAUGAGAUGGCCAAGGUGGCCGGUGUCUACGGAACUAACACUAUUUUGGAGGGAUGA